AGUAUAGUCACUGUCUUGCCUUCUUUAUAGUUGCAUCAAUAUGCUGGGACCAAUCCUCAGAGAUUUUGAUACCCAGGGACUUGAAACUGCUCACUCUCUCCACUUCUGAUCCUUCUGAUGAUUGGCAUGUGUUUCUUUGUCUUACCCUUCCUGAAGUCCACAAUCAUCUUACUGACGUUGAGUGGAAGGUUGUUGCUGCGACACCACUCCACUAGUUGGCAUAUCUCGCUCCUAUACGCCCUCUCGUCACCACCUGAUUCUACCAACAAUAGUUGUAACAUCAGCAAAUUUAUAGAUGGUAUUUGAGCUAUGCCUAGCCACACAGUCAUGGGUAUAUAGACAGUAGAGCAGUGGGCUAAGCACACACCCCUGAGGUGCGUCAGCAAGGAGGAGUAUUAUACCAAUCCACACAGAUUGUGGUCUUCCGGUUAGUAAGUCGAGGAUCCAAUUGCAGAGGGAGGUACAGAGGCCCAGGUUCUGAAACUUAUCAAUCAGGAUUUUGGGAAUGAUGGUAUAAAAUGCUGAGCUAUAGUUGAUGAACAGCAUCCUGAUGUAGGUGUUUGUGUUGUCCUGGUGAUCUAAGGCCGUGUAAAGAGUCAUUAAGAUUGUGUCUGCUGUUGACCUAUUGUGGCAAUAGGCAAACUGCAGUGGGUCCAUGUCCUUGCUGAGGCAGGAGUUCAGUCUAGUGAUGACCAGCCUCUCAAAGCAUUUCAUCGCUGUAGAUGUGAGUGCUACUGGGCGAUAGUCAUUAAGACAGCCACAAUAUUCUUCUUAGGCACUGGUAUCAUUGUCGCCUUUUUGAAGCAAGUGGGAACAGCCUCGUGUGUGGCACCUUGGCAAAGGCCUUCUGAAAAUCCAAGUACUGUACACAACAUCAACCUUUCUCUAUCCUGCUGGUUAUUUCUUCAAAGAAUUCCAACAGAUUUGUUAGGUGUUGAUUUUCCCUUGUGGAAAUCCUGCUGACUACAGCCUAUUUUACCAUGUGUCUCCUAGUACCUUGAGACCUCAUCCUUAAUAAUCAGCUCCAACAUCUUUCCAACCACCGAGGUCAGAAUAACAGGCCUAUAGUUCCCUUUCUUCUGCGUCUCUCCCUCAUUGAAAAGUAUAGUGACAUUUGCAAUUUUCCAGUCUUCCAGAACCAUUCCAGAAUCCAGUGAUCUUGAAGGAUCAUUACCGAUGCCUGGACAACGGUAACAGGGUGUACACCAUCUGGUCCAGGACCUGCUCUCUCCCCAUUACUACCAUCAGGGAGGAGGUACACGCACUCAAUGCUUCAGAAACCGCUUCUUCCCCUCUGCCAUCGGAUUUCUGCAUCCACAAUGAACCCAUGAACUCUUAAUAUCCCUAAACACAAGAGAUUCUGCAGACGCUGGAAAUCCAGAGAAACACACACAAAAUGCUGGAGGAACUCAGCAGGUCAGGCAGCAUCGAUGGAAACGAGUGUUUAUGGCUGUGACCCUUCAUCAGAACUGACCUGCUGAGUUCCUCCAGCAUUUUGCGGGUGCUACCUUGGCAUUCCCUUCUUUUUCGCGCUAUUUAUUUUGUAAUCUAUAGUAAUUUUAUGUCCGUACUGCACCGCUGUUGCAAAGUUUACGUCAUCAGAGAGAAUAAAUUCAGCUGCAAUGGUUCCGGUUUUGCAGGUGUGAUUUGCAGUUGCGGGUGGAAGAGAACCGGACCGGCAAGGUUUUUUUUAAACUUCAGGACAAGCAGCUGCGAGGCCGCUGGGCAUGUGACAGGAAAUCAGACCGCCCAGCCGACCCUGGCUGCGAGGAGCUGGGAACGUCGGCAAGCCCUGACUUGGAGACUCUGUAUGUCGACAGCGGUCGCGGCGUGACCCUCGCUGAAUCAGAGCGCAAUCCUCGCCCCGUCUGUAGAACCCGAGGUGAACAGCCUGGUUGCCAUGGCAGCAGACGGGCCCCAGGCCUUGGCCAAGGUCAGCAGCAUGGCAAUGCUGGAUGCGGCGGAGGACGCCAGGAAGGACCUGGAGCUGAUCAUGAAGCCGUACGCUAACUGGGAGGAGUUUCUGACGCCGGGGCCCCUCUCCAUUGCCGUCCUGGGCGAGCUGAUCUUCAUCUCUGCGGCAGAGGCCUUCCAGGUGAAGCUGGGCACAGUGGGUGGUUCGUCACGGUCCCUGCGGCAGCCAGAUUCUUUCCACGCCUGCCUGAUGCAGGUGAGCGACCAGGGAUGGAAAGCCUUCCAGCAGGCCCACAAGAAGAUGGACCAGAUCCGCCUGUACACAAUGACGGCCCCCAAGCACCUGGCCAGCGCGGUCCAAGUUCUGGCCCGCCCACCCAGUGUGGUCAAGGCCAUGUUGCCCAGUCGGCUGAACAGCCUGAGGAAGGUGGCUGAGCAGUGCCAGGGCUUGGCGGCGUCUGUCGAGGGGGAGUUUGCCUCGCUGAUGGACCUGGUGCAGGAGCUGCUGGAGCUGUGUGCCGCCUCCCGCACGGAGUGCCACCGCCAGGCCAAGGAGGUCGGCCAGGCGCUGGAGGAGGCUCGGGCGCGGAAGGUGGCAGCCGAGAGGGACAAAGGGCGGCUGGAGGCCCAGUUUGUUGAAGCCUGUGCCGGGAUGGAGGAGACGCGUGCCCUGUACCGGAAAGCUGUGCGGGCCAUCCCGAGCGGGAAGAACCUAGUGGGGGUCUACGUGACCCAGUCCCUGCUGGACCUCACCAGCAGCCUGGCCACUGAACUGGUGGCGGCGGGCUUGACUGAGCCCGUAGGCCUGGCCCUGGAGAUCACUGAUGUGGCCACGCAGCACUUCAAGAAGAAGCUGCAGAACAAGAAGGCGGAGGCCAAGGGGGACGGGGGCCCCGGGAGCUCUGUGGGACUCUGUCUGAGAGCCAUGGAGAUGGUGAUGGGCAGCGCGCUGCUCCAGGACCUGGUGUCAGACGGUGGGACCCUGGACCCGGAAAAGCUGGGCACCACCCCCUCGGACAGUGGUGCCAUGUUCCAGAGCAGCAUGGAUCAGCUGAAGCAGGAGAAGGAGGGAGACACCAGGAAUGCUGGCCUGGAGCUGUGCCAGGUUGGCAUCGAUCUGUGCCAGCGGCUGGAGCAGCUUGGCCAGGCUGAGAAGCCCAGCGAGGCCCAGCUGCGGGACCUGGCCUCCUCCUUGCAGGAGCAGAACACCAAGGUGCAGGCGUAUCUGUUGGACGUCAAGAAGUCAAUCAAGGCUCCUGCCAUUGCACCACAGCCGCCCAAUCUGAGCAGUGCCGCUGGGGAGGAGAAGGUGGAGCAGUUGCAGGAGGGACUGUCCAAGAUGGUGCUGGAGCAGGCCUGCUUCAGGGUGGAGCAAGCCAAGUGUCAGCUGGAUAUCAGCAGGGAGAACUACCAGAAGGUAGCCGAGAGCAAGGAGAAGGUGACCAAGGAGCUCGAUGAGGUGCUGCUGACCAUGAAGAGGUGCCAGGUGAAGGAGAUAGACUAUGACACCACCCUCAAGCUGCUGGUGACAGGUCUGGGUGCCCUGAGCCAGGUCAAGGCGCAGUGGGCAAAGAUGACCAACUUCUUCCAGAUGAUGUCUAACCUGAUCCAGGUCUCCCUCAAUGAUGCCGUCACCCAGUUUGCCAGCGACAGCGAGGGCUGUGAGCUGAUCCCCGGCUACACCCAGGAUGCUUUCGUCAAGGAUAUGAUCUACACCGAGGCCUUCCAGGCCUGCAGUGUGGCCAGCCUCUGCCACCUCAUCGCCAGCACUUACGUCGAUGUCUCCGCGAAGCACCUGAUGGACCAGGUCACCAGCCUGGAGGCCUACAUCAGCCUGAGCCCCUCGGACCCCCUCUUCAACGUGGAGCGCACCAAGUUCCAGGAGGGCUACACAGUUGCCCAGGAGGCCGUCAGGCAGCUGGUCUUGAAGAACAAGGAGGAGUUUGAGGCCCAGAUACAGCAGAGGAUUGACCGCAUCAACUCGACGCUGCAAGAGGUCACACCUUUGGCAAUGAAGCAGUAGGUCACAUUUGCCCAGCACUGUCUCCCCGCAACCCCACCCCACCCCCAGCAGCCAGCCCUCCACUGGAGUGUGAAUGAGCUGCCCUGCAGUGCAAACCCAUGUGAAGCCUUGCCUUGUGCACUGCGCACUGAGCGGGUCAACACACGGUUGCUCAUGGUCCCCUCCCUCCUUCCCCCGUCCGCCAGAUAAUGCCUUGGGGUUCUGUGCACAGACUGACAGAUAUGAAGACUCCUUGGUGCUGGGAGCUCAGCGCACACACCACUGUCCCUUCUCAGCAGGUGCCAGGGGUUGUCUGGACAUCCUAUGGCAGCGGACGGCUUCCAAUAAUUCCCAAGAAAGAAGCCCAAUAGCUUUAUGUGUCAUGUGUACAUUGAAACAUCGAAGCAUACAGCAAAAUGUAUCGUACUGCGUCGGGUCAAAUCAGCGAGGGUUGUGCAGGGGUAGCCCCCAAAUGCCACCAUACACCUGGUGCCAACAUAGCGUGCCCACAAAUGACCAACCCUAAUCCAUCCAUUUUGUAUUGAGGGAGGCCACUUGGAGGAAAGCCCGCACGGUCACAGCGAGAGCAUACAAACUCCUCAAAGGCAGCAGCGAGAAUUGAAACCUGAUCUUCAUUGUGAAGGGGUGUGCUGACCGCUACUCGGCUGUGCUGUCCCUCUUGUAAUGACCCAGCUGGACGUCCCAUUGGACGUCCCUCCUCCUGAUUCACGAUGGGGCAGAGUUUUGUUUUACAGAUACAAAUGGAUUUGAUCCUCCAGGAUGUGUUCACCCCAUUGCUUGUAGCAUUGAAUAAGGUCUUGCACAGUUCCCCCUUGCCAAGGGAAGACAUGCUGUGUCCUGGUUUAGGCAGGCGUAACAGCAGCGUAAUCAUCACUGAGUCAGACCCAAGGCACUGCCCAGCAUUUCCACAGCAGCUCUUGUGUCCUGGAGAGAUCCCUGUGCUCUACUGCUGCAAAAGUACUUCCCAAUUUAGACACGGUUGCAAUGUCAGCUUGGCAGCAGAGGUUCUAGGCAUGUGGCAUUGAUUUGGAAAAUGUCGGGGGAACUCUGCAUUCUGGAGGCGAGACUGUGGGAACCUUUGCAGAGACAGAUCCCAUGGGCAAAGUCACAGUAGAAUGGGCCAUCUAUCAGUUUGUUCGUCGCCCCAUUGAAACGCAUUAACAGCCAACGCGCACAAGGAUGUGCAGUGGACAAAUGUCGCCACGCUUCACUGCCAGCAGCCACCACUGAAGUAGCAACCCAGCAGAGUGCUGUUGGUCACACCGUACCCUGUGACUGAAUGAUUAACUCCAGGAAACCAUGUGACAAUCCCAGCCGAAGUGUCAGGACACCUCGAGGUCGACACGGGCCUACCGUCCGUGUGAGUUGGAGAGGAGAUGUGAUGGAGUAUCAAAUUUACAAAGGUAAACUGUAGAAGACACAUUGGUGGGGCUGGGUGAACUGUGACCACAUCAUCACCCAGUUCUGCGAAAGCACGACUUUUUAAACUCCCCUCAGCAUUCCCGCACCAAGCUGUUUGACCUCGGCCUUCCCCAGUGCCAGAGUGAGGCGAAGCUCAAAUUGGAGGGAUAUCUGGAAUGUACUCUGGGUACUUGGAAAUGCUGGUUCCAGCCUCUCUGAAAAUGUAGAAAUACGGCAAAACGAUUAUUUGCUCCCAACAUGAAAGUGGACCACAGAAUGUGCAUCUCUGUCUCCAAAGGAAUACUUAAAUAAAUAAUCUAAAGGCACUUCUCUCUUAUUAU